AUGCAGGAUCCCUCUAGACCUCUCCUCUGGGCUAUGGCUGCCUGCCUGGCCAUAUUUUAUAUGCUAAGUAUGACCCAACCAUUCCCAAGCACUCCCACCAACUUCAGUGAGUCCUCGACAGAUUCAACCAUGAAGAAACCCAGUCCCCAAACCACAAUGAAUCUCCCUCCCAAACCCAGGACAAAUGCCAUGGAGCCCACCAUGACCCAGGCUCCUGUGCAGAAAGCUGUGGAGAAUACACAAAGUGCAGAACACACCACCAAUCCAUCUCCAAUCAGUCCUACACCUAAACCAUCACCUGCAGUUUCAACAGACACAGCUGUCACGACAAUGGUCACAUCAGGUACACUGAAUACCACUGUGAGUCCUUACCCAUCUAUGAAAAGAUCUACUUUUGAUGCAGCUACUUUCAUUGGAAAACUUGAAUCACAUUAA